GUUUCAGGGUUCUGUAUGUAGAGGAGAUUAUCCUGUCUGUCUUCUUCACCUGGGCUUAUUUCUUCUAUGUCUUUCAUAUUCUACACACAUUAGUGCAAAUGAAUGGGAAGGUGGGGAACUUUAUUAUUGCCAAGCAGAAAUUAAUGUCUUAAGUACUAAAUAUUCUCCAGAGUAGACAACCAUAGAGGAAUUUAAUAUGAUGCAUAAUUGCAUCCAUGCUAGAACAUCAUUUCCCCUGAGUUUAAUUUGAAUCUGGAGGUGAAGAAUGAGAAAGCAGCAGAAAUACAUUUUAGACCAUGGAAAGAAUGCAAAUAGUGUUUCCAAGAGGACAGCAGUAGGAACAAUGUUUAAAACUCUAAGUGACUCUGAAGAAUCCCAUGGCAAUCUCAGUGGUUACUUUAAAAGAAUACCAGAAAUGAGUUGACUGUUAUACUGACCCUUUAACCACAACAUACGAUUUUUUUUUCAGAUAGCAUGUACGAAUAUGCUUGGGCCACAAUGCAUACUACUCUAUCAGUAUCAUAAUUUCCCCCCUUUCCCCAACCACGUGUAAAAGAAACUUCAGAAUCUGCCACGUAAAUGUUACCCAUUGAUGAACCACUGAAAUUUUUUCCAGGACCAUGCUUUAACAAAGAUGCUUUCGAGGGAUUCCCUUGUUCAGCCAAAAAUGAAGGGUUCUUAUCUAACACUAUCUUGUCUAAAUAUACACAGCCUGUGAUGACGAAAUAAAAAAAUUUUGAGACCAGGUAUAAAUACCACUGACAGGCAGAUGAAGUUCAUUCGUCUACUUUCUUCUAAUAGAAGGUUUAACUAUUAGAAGUUGAAGUACACUGCUCUUAGACCUGACAUCUCCCAGAACUUAUCUGAGCAGUUUAACUGAACCAUCACCAAGAAAAUGACUUUCCAAACCUACAGCUUGUUUGUUCUGUCUAUCAUCAUGAUUUAUUCCGGACGUGUUGAAAAUAGAUUAAAUCUGCUUCAACUUCAAGAUGAUAUAGACAAACUUAAAGCUGAUUUUAACUCAAGUCGUUCAGAUGUAGGUGAUGGCGGACCUAUCUUUACGGAGAGAUUGUCAAACUGGACAGAAAGAAAUGAAAAAAGGAUAAUCCUGAGUCAGAUUGUUUCCAUGUACUUGAAAAUCCUUGAAAACACUGACAAGUCAAAGGCACAUGUCAGGAACAUAUCUGAGGAGCUCCACACUUUGAAAGAAAGCCUUUCUGAUGGCUCAAAGAAGAUGGAAUAUCUGAGGAACCUGACAGAGCUUCAGGUGAAUGACUCGAAAAUUCAACGUAAAGCUGUGAAUGAGCUGUUCAGUGUCUUACAAAAACUGGGGGAUACUACAAGUCCUUAUGCAAGAAAAAGAAGCCUGUUUCAGAGGCAGUGCAAAUGCUAAUGCCAUCUUAUGUUCUUUCAUACUGAGUUACCGUGCAAAUCUUGUUGUGACAUACCUUUUUUUAUUUUAAGGUUUCUGUUGAAUUUUUAUACAUUUAUUUAUUAAUAUUUAAGUAUUUUAAAUAAUUAUUUAUAAAGAAAUACUGAUCAAAGUAUUUAUAUGCCCUACUACUACGUAAGAAAUAACUUUGUCUUAAAAUUUUGUCUAUUUGUUAUAUGU